GCUUGAGAGAUAAACACAUGGCAGCAGAUAUGCUCACGUGACCACAUCCCACUGUGCCGAAGAUCCGGUCCUUUCAACUUUUUAUCCUCAACAUUCCCAACUGUCCAAUAGAAUGCUAAAAUCCGAUAUUCACCCUGGGGGCGCUGCAACUGAUGACGGCUCAAACCGCCGCACGCCAGCGGCCAGGCGUGCGGCCAGAGCCCACCAGACAGAAUUUUCCGCUUGUCCACCCAGUCCAUCGUGGAGAAAAGACCCAGUUUGAGGAGUCAAGCUUUCGCUUUGGCCAAUCGAAACAGGAGCCACAUCUUGAUUCCCACUUUGAAGUCUGAUCGGUGUUAAGAUGGCUCUAUCGCCGGAAUCUUUUCCAGUUUUUAUGCGAGCAAUGCGUCAGUGUGUGUCGACGUUAUGCGAUCUACACCAAGACUUGCCUUGAUAUAAAGAUGUUGCCCCUCCUCUUGGAUCCUCCCAGUGUUUUGCCCCGCAGAAAGUGAUAAGCGGCAAUAUUUUCCUGAGAUCACACCGUCAUGUCCAAUCCUCAUGAACACGAACAUGCACCCGAGGUUGCUAGACCCGAGUCUCUCUCUUCCUUGAGCACGGAUUCGGACUCGACACACUCUGGCCGUCGAUCCCGGUUUGGCUCGAUUGCCAGUUCGCUUCGCGCGAGGUCGAGCUCUCGACCGAGAUCUACUGAGAUUCGCAGGAUCUAUUCAGGGCGCCAUCUCGAUGACCACUCCGUUUACCACGGUGAAGAUGACAGUAUCGGCAUGUCACAGGACAAUGUCGACGAGGAGGAUGUAAAUGCGGCGCUCGAAGUCCGAGAUGGGAUUGUGAACGAGCGGGAUCUCGAUUUGGAGGCGAACAGGGCUGGUCCAACUGACCUUGAGAAAUCCCAGACAGCUGGUUCGCGGCCUACACCAGAUCCUAAACUCGUUACAUGGAACGGACCGGAUGAUCCUGAUAACCCCAAAAAUUGGCCGAUGCGCAGAAAGUGGUCGAUUGUUCUGAUGGUGUCGUGCUUUACCUUUAUCUCUCCAGUCUCAUCGUCUAUGGUGGCGCCGGCCCUAACAUCUCUUGCGAGAGAUCUACACAUUACAGAUGCGGUCGAGUCGCAGCUCACGCUAUCGGUCUUUGUCCUGGCAUAUGCCGUUGGCCCGCUUUUCCUCGGUCCUCUUUCUGAAAUCUACGGGAGAGUGAUCAUUCUCCAGCUGGCAAACUUGUUCUACUUGGUGUUUAACAUUGCGUGCGGUGUCUCACAGACCAAGGCGCAGAUGAUUGUGUUUCGAUUCUUUGCGGGGCUAGGUGGUAGUGCUCCGCUAGCGGUCGGUGGUGCGGUCUUAUCAGACUGCUUCAAACCCGAAGAGCGAGGCAAAAGCAUUGCAAUCUACAGUCUUGCCCCCCUCCUCGGCCCCGCUUUAGGCCCCAUAGCUGGGGGCUUCAUUGCCGAGAACACCACCUGGCGCUUUGUCUUUUACGCAACCUCGAUCGUCGACGGCGCCAUCCAAAUCGCCGGCCUCUUCCUGCUAAAGGAGACCUACGCCCCCAAGAUUCUCAGCGCACGCGCAAAGAAGCUCCGCACAGAAUCCAACGACCCCUCCUACCAAACCGAAUCCGAACGCCUCAACAAACCCCUCUCGCAAGUCCUCCGCACAGCCCUAAUCCGCCCUUUCCGCCUCCUAGCCACGCAGCCAAUCGUCCAAGCCAUUGCCCUCUACCUCGCCUACAUCUACGGAAUCAUGUACCUCGUCCUCUCGACCUUCCCAACCCUCUGGACCGGCGAAUCCUACUACAACGAGUCCAUCGGCAUCGGCGGCCUAAACUACAUCUCGCUGGGUCUCGGCUUCUGGCUCGGCUCGCAGCUUUGCGCCCCGCUCAACGACCGCAUCUACCGGCGCCUGAAAGCGAGGAACAACAACAUCGGGCGCCCCGAAUUCCGCGUGCCCCUGCUCUACAUCGCCGCCGUCCUAACCCCCGCAGGGUUGUUUAUCUACGGCUGGACGGGCGAGAACCGCGUACACUGGAUCGCGCCCAACAUCGGCGCCGCGAUUUUUGGGAUGGGCAACAUUAUCACAUUCCAGUGCGCGCAGACAUACAUGAUUGAUUCGUACACGCGGUUCGCGGCGAGUGCGCUGGCGGCGAGUGCGUGUAUGCGCUCGCUGUGUGGGUUCGCGUUCCCGCUGUUUGCGCCAUACAUGUAUGAUGCGUUGCAUUUUGGGUGGGGGAAUAGUCUUCUCGGGUUCAUUUCGUUGGGGCUGGGCAUACCGGCUCCAAUUUUCCUCUGGAGGUAUGGGGCUGCCCUGCGGAAGAAGAGUACGUAUGCCGCCGGGUAGGCGCUCUUGUUUCGCUUGUUGAUUUUACAUAUCUAUUUAUACAUGUACAUAAAGUAGUGAUAGUGACUUUUAACCUUGAUACCCUCAGUACCUAUCCUUUUCUCGAAACAAGUUCA